UUUCCAGUGGCAUCUGGAUCCAUUGUAAUGGGCCCCUUCUGUCUGGUGGAAAACCAGAAAAGUCAGUUGUCAGUAAAUCCAAGAGCACUGAAGAAGAUUCUUGAGCAGAUAUCUCAGCCUGUGGUGGUGGUGGCCAUUGCAAGGCUCUAUCGGACUGGAAAGUCCUACCUGAUGAACCACCUGGCAGGACAGAACCACAUUUUCCCUCUGGGGUCCAUAGUCAGGUCUGAAACCAAGGGCAUCUGGAUAUUGUGUGUGCACCAUCCCUCCAAGGAGAACCACACCCUGGUCCUUCUGAACACUGAGGGUCUGGGCAAUGUGGAUAAGCAUCCUCACGCUGUAAUGUACUCUCUAGGGGACUCCAAGAAUGACUCGAGGAUCUUUGCCCUGGCUGUGCUCCUGAGCAGCCGCUUUGUCUACAACAGGGUGAACACCAUCAACCACCAGGCCCUGGAACAGCUGCACUAUGUGACUGAAUUAACAGAACUGAUCAGAACCAAAUCAUCUCCCAGCUCCGAAGAAGUAGAGGACUCAACCGAGUUUGUGAGUUUCUUCCCAGACUUAAUCUGGACUGUGCAGGAUUUCAUGCUGGAGCUGGAGUUAGAUGGGAAUCCCAUCAGUGAAUAUGAGUACCCGGAGAAUGCCUUGAAGUUGAUUCCAGGUAUCAACUUGCAGGGGCAAGGUGGCAGAAAGCUCAGUAGGAAGUUGGAUCAAGAGCCCUGA